GCGGAACAGGAUCGUGAUGGCGGUGGCUCAGCCGACGCUAGAGAAAGGAAGCGAGGAUUACUCUUUGCUUCCUUUAGUUCAUGAUAUUAUCAAAUGCAUGGACAAGGACAGCCCAGAUGUCCACCAAGAACUGGCUAAACUCAAGGGAAAGAUCCAUGAGGCUCGGGAACAGAUCUCCAACAUGCCCGGCAUAGACAGCAGUCCCGUGGAGCAGCAGCAGCAGCUGGCCACGCUGCGGGAGCAGGUUCGCACCAAAAACCAGCUGCUGCAGAAAUACAAAAGUCUGUGCAUGUUUGACGUACCAAAAGCAUCGUGAGACCGAAGUCUGGAUUACUGCUCGGACAGAGUCGAGGUGCAGGAAGGACUAUUUGUUUAGCUACGCCCUCACCCACGGAGCAGAUAAAUUUGGGGCCAAGAAGACGGGAUGGACGUUUAAAUGAACAAGGACAGACUUUUCUCAGUUGCAUUGCUGUGAAUGAUGUUUUGAAAGUCAGAUUAUGUCCUCUUUCUGUCCUUAUUUUUUUGCAUUUCCAGAAUGCAGAGUUGGUUAUGUGGCAUUUGUAUUAAAUAUAGUUUCACAGUGUGUCAUUUUUUUCAUCUUGUAACACUAUUUUGUAAGUAAAAAUGAGUUGAUUAA